GGCUGGGGUCCCAUGGACUGGGCACCUUCCAUGGUGCCCCCUCCCUUGGCAGAUGCCGCAGCCUGGUCUGGCCAGGGGCUCAUUUCACAGGGCAGCAGGUGCCCCGGUGAGACCUGCCAAGCUUGGCUCCGUGGCUGACAGGCGGUGCCAACUGGGGGCAGAGAGAAUGAUGACUCCCUGACACCACCUUCCUGAUCCACCCCUCAAACCAGCGCCCAACAGCCCCUGUGACAGGUGCCACGCUGCAGCCUCUGUCCAUUCCCCAGCCCUGCCCAUGCAGCGGCCAGUGCCCCCAGGGAGCGCCCGGCGUGCCGGGGCGGGCGGGAGGGAAAAUGAAAGCAGGUGAUGCGGAAGGAGAAGUAGGUCAGGCGAGCGCUGGCCUCGCCGGCGGGUGGCUGGGGCACGCCGCGCAGUGCUGCCAGGCUGUCCCUGCUGCUCCGGGCCCCAUGGGCAGCAGCUGGCAUUGUGGUGAGUAGGCCCAAGCUGGGGUGCAGCCCCCGCCCCCUCCCGGGCAGCGUGAUGGGCCUGCAGCAGGCCUAGGGCUGGUCUCAUGGGGGGUGAGGGUGCCCCAAUGCUGGGCAGCCUGCUGUAGGGCCCCAUGGGGUGUCCUCUGUCCCUGCUCUGCAGGGCUACCCCUAUCCCAGGGAAGGGGGGCCUAGGUUUGCUCGGCAGCCUGGGGGCAGGAGGAUGUUCUAGGCAGGUGGGGCAGGGCUUGGUGGUGGCCUCAGCCCCCGGGCUGUGGGGAUUAGAGCCACCCCCGCCAGGCAGGAUGAGCCGGUGCUGGGCAGCUGGCCGGGGGCGGGAGCUGGGCUAUUUUGGGGGUGUGUGGGGGCAGCUGGCCGGUGCUGUCCUCAGGUCAGGUGGACCCACCGCACCUGUGCCCUGCUCCAGCCAGGCCCUGAUGUCCUGUCCCUUCCCUCCCUGCACAGACAGGCCGGGGGCUGUCCUGCACCAUGCAUUGGGCUGGCUUCAUGCUGCAAGGACAUUCCCUUCCCUGAAGCCCCACUGCAGGGCCAAGCCGUCUUGGGGUCUGUUCCCAGCAGCACCAUGGGGGCAGCAGUAGGUCCUGGGUACUGCAUGCUCCUGGGCUGAGACCUGACUCAGCUUGCUGCAGCGUUUGAGGCCUGUGUGGCCCCCUCUGGCUGCCAGGCUGGGAGCGGGCACUGCCCAGGGGCUGGGCAGGCCCUGCCUGUUCCCACAGCAGGGGCGUGGGGCUGGCCGGCCUCCAGCCAGCUCCCAUGACUGUUUGCUCUUGGCUGGGAGGGGAGGCUGCUGCGUUGCGAGUGCUGGACGGGAGCGGGACAGGAUGGCGCAGGGAGCACUCCUGGGCCCCAGCCUGGCACUGGGGGGCAGGGCCAUGGAUGGAGCCAGAUCCUGCCACCUUGUGGGGCAGAUCCUGGGGCUGACUUAACACUCAGGGUCCUGGGCCAGGCAUGGGAUGGAUGCCCUGAACCCCAGGUAUGCCCCACACCCUGAGAUAAGAGGGUGAUCCUUGCCCUCAGGCCAGGCUGCCCCAGCCUCUGGACACCCCUGUAGGGCCUAGGGCCCAGCAGGGUGGGGGCGGUGAUAGGUACAAGCCCGUUGCUCCCUGCCGGCUCCUCUGGCUCUGGUUUCUGCUGUUCAGUGUUUCCUUCCUGUUCCCCCUGGGCCCUGUUUCUGCAACCCCUUCCUUCCUUCUGCCGCCCCUGCCCGCCCAGCCCGUGGCUCUGGCCCCGCACGCCCAGGCACGUGGGGGCAGGGAGGGGCCCAACUGCCCCAUGCAAUCCCCUGGUGGCUGGGAGGCCAAGGGGGCUGGGGGAGGGUAUCCCCCCCAGUAUCCCUCCCCCCAGGUUGCACAAGCUCAUGCCCUGUGUUCCUGAGCCCACAGCCCAGGUCAGUGGGUGCCCCUUUCUGGGGGUCAUCCCAGGCUGGGGGUCCCCCAACUGCUUGGUGAAUAAGGGGGGGUUAUGAUGAGCACUGGGGUGCUUAACAAGUAGCAUCAGAGUCCACUGUGUUCCUGGCACAGGUGGGCACGUGCCGGCUACCCCCAUAGCGCGGCCUCCCUGGAUGCCUGGGUUCCCCUGCCUUCUCUUGCAGGGCCUGCCAUGUGGGCCUCUAGGAAGUGUGGGGCGUGGCCCAGCAGCUCAGUGGGCACCACUGGCCCCGUGCCCAGGUGCCCCUGGGUGCUGCUCGGGGCUUGCUCAGGCUGCACAGGGGAGGUUGCGACACGCCGGGGUGGGGGGGACGCAGUGACUCACCCGCAGGGCCUGGCCAUCAGCAACCCCAGUGACUCAGGGCUGCGUGUAGCUCCUGGUGCCCGUGCCCCUCCCUGCCCGCCUCGCCCACCUUAUCUCCCGCCCUUAGCACCUGGCACGCCAGUCCGGGGGGCCGUGCCCUGCUGGAGCCGCUCCCCAGCUUUAUGGGGUGCAAAGGGCGGGUGGGCAGAUGGGGCAGGGCUGGCAGGCAGGCACCUCACCAUGGUGCCCCCUGGGGUGUUGCGUCCAUCCACUUGGCGCUGGCCCCUACUGUCCCAGACUGGCAGCUCAAUCUGGCUGGCUGGCUGGGCCUGGCACUCCUGCACUGGGCUGGCUCUUGGCACUGUCUGUCCUGGGGGUGAUGCAGCUGCUGCCACAGCUGCACCCAGGGUAGGGUGGGGGCAAGCAGGGGCCAAGCACCAUCCUGGGCACCCACUGGAAAGGCCUUGCUGGGCCCCACAGCACUGAGCAACCACAGCUCCAGAGACCCCAGGCUUUGGAGGAGGGUCCAGAUGGAGGCCUCUAGCCAGAGGCUGCUCCUAUGCUGGGCCCUGCGAUGCUGCGGCCUCCCUGCAGCAUGGGGCUCUGUGGACCAGGCUGUGGGGCUCAGGCAGUGGCCAAAGGAUGGAUGAGCCAAGAGCAGUGCCCGCACCCGUGCCCAGCAGCCUUGGCAGGUGCCAGGUGGGCAGCGUGCAGUUGUUGGGUGGGCAGCCCAGCCUUCCCAGGAACCAUCCACAGGAGGGUUCAGGCUGCAGCCUGUCCCACCCUGCCCAGGGUGGUUGGCAGUUCCCAGUGUGCCCCUGCCCCGGCUCUGCAUGGUUGUUCCUGCUCUUUGCCAUGGUCAGCUCUCGCACAACAGCAAACGUCCGGCUGGGGCAGCGCGGCAGGCAUACGGUCCGGCUCUCCUUGCCUGGGGCUGUGUGGUGAUUUGGGGGUUACAGCCAGUGCUUGGCUCCAUGAUGAGUCCCCAGACCCUUUCAGCGCCAGCAGCUUCCAGCUGUGCCGCUCUGCCCAGACAGCCCCUGGUGUGAUGGAGCCUGGCUGGCUCCCUGGAGCUGCCCUUGUGCCAGUGUGGGUGGCCAGGACAGGCGGAGAGCACGUGGUAGGUGGGAUCAGUGGUGCGGGGCCGGUAAUAGCUGUUUGGCUGGGGCCAUGCAGGGUGUAAUUAUGGGGGGAUUGCGAGAACUCAGAACAGUGCCCGGGGGUGGCACAGCUGGGCGGGGAGGUCGGAAUCGGGGGCCGGGCUGUGGCAGGUGUGGCCCCGUGGGGUUGGUGGAGCUCAUCCUGACCCCCCACAGGGCACCUGUCCUGUGUGCCGGGGGUGGGGGAUAGGCCUGGACUGGCCCCACAGGCCAAGAUUCCCACUGGAGCGGCCAGGACCUGGGCAGAGCAGGGGGGUGGUGUCCAGGCCUCUGGCAUGGCCAGUCCCAGAGCUUGUGGCUCUUCCUGGGGCUGGGGUCGAGGCCCGAGAGCUGGCCUGUCCCCAGGCAAGGGGCAGACAGUGGCCAUGGGCCUGCCUGCACGGGUGCAUGUGGGUGGGAAGUGUGGGACUGCAGCUGGGCAGGCUGGAGCAUGUGGCAGACCCAGCCCUCACAGGGACCCAGCCCCAGGCAGGACCCAGCAUGGCGCAGGCACCAGCUUGGCCAGGGCAACAUAGCCCCAUGGAUGGGGAGAAGCUGAGGGGGUGCAGGGGGUCCUAUGUCCAUGUCCACCAAACAGCAGUGGGUGCUGUUGGGUUUUGCCUGCUCCAGGCAACCUGGGCCUGCAGUAGUGCCCACGUCCUGCCAGUGGGGACCUGGUGUGAGCAUCCAUCUAGGCCUCGUUGCUGCAGGGGGGCACAUGGGGCAGGGGCUUCCCCAUGUUGGCUGGGGCUUCAUGCUGGGCUGCGGCAUGGUGGGAAUUUCCUCUGGUUUGGGGGCCGGGUGGCCACCCCCCGGUGCAGUUCCGGCCGCAGCGCCUGGCAGCCGAAGGGUUAAGCGUAUGCGUUCUGGGAAGUGGGGCUGGGAGGUGCGUGACCCGGGGUGUGGGCGUCAACGCUUUGAGGUGGGAUCGAGCUGAGGUGCAGCGGGGAGCGGGGCCAAGCGCACAAACCUGCUUCCCUCCUUCCUCCGCCCGCGCGGCCCCAGGAACGAGUCGCGCCGAGCCAGGCAGCCGGCAGCCACGCGGGACGGCACAACCCGGUAAGAACAAUGGCGGGCCCUGAGGACGACCUGAUCGGGAUCCCGUUCCCAGAGCACAGCAGCGAGCUGCUCUGCAGCCUGAACGAGCAGCGGCAGCUGGGGGUGCUGUGCGAUGUGACGCUGCGCAGCCACGGCCUGGAGUACCGCACACACCGUGCCGUGCUAGCUGCCUGCAGCCUCUACUUCAAGAAGCUGUUUGCGGGGCCAGGGCUGGGCCCGGGGCUGGGGCCAGGCCAGGACGUGUGCGAGCUGGACUUCGUGGGGCCUGAGGCUCUGGGUGCACUGCUGGAGUUCGCCUACACGGCCACACUGACGUUGAGCCGGGCCACUCUGGGAGAGGUGCUGCGUGCCGCCCGGCUGCUGGAGAUUCCCUGCGUCAUCGCCGCCUGCGUGGAGAUCCUACAGGGCAGUGGGCUGGAGGCGCCAGGACCAGAUGCCGGCGACUGGGAGCGUGCCCGCCGCUACCUGGAGGCUUUCGUGGCCUUGCCCGAUGGCGACGGGGAUACAGCUGAGCCCCUGCCCCCUCGGCCUGCCGCCCGGCGCAGCAAGAAGACACGCAAGUUCCUGCAGGCCCGGGGCUUGCGGCUCAACCACCGGGCCGAGGAGCCUGUGCUGGACACCGAGGGCUACGGCAGCUCCCCGCCUGCACCCCCACCACCCUCGCCCCCGCCUGCACCCCCGCCCCUGCCCGAGGGCCUGGCUGCCUAUGAGCCUGGGGAGGAGGAGGAUCUGCCGCCGGCCGCCUUCCCCUUCCCCUACCAGGCACCGCUGUCCCCAGAGGAGGCUGGCUCUGAUGAGGAACCCAUGGACCCCGAGCUCAUGGCCUACCUGAGCUCACUGCACCACGAGGCGCUGGCUCCUGGCCUAGACGGCCCUGACAAGCUGGUGCGCAAGCGCCGCUCGCAGAUGCCGCAGGAGUGCCCCGUCUGCCACAAGGUCAUCCACGGCGCAGGCAAGCUGCCCCGGCACAUGCGCACCCACACUGGCGAGAAGCCCUUCGCCUGCGAGGUCUGCGGAGUCCGCUUCACUCGGAACGACAAGCUAAAGAUCCACAUGCGCAAGCAUACGGGUGAGCGGCCGUACUCGUGCCCUCACUGCAGCGCCCGCUUCCUGCACAGCUACGACCUGAAGAACCACCUACACCUGCACACGGGUGCGCGGCCCUAUGAGUGCUACCUGUGCCACAAGGCCUUUGCCAAGGAUGACCACCUGCAGCGCCACCUCAAGGGGCAGAACUGCCUGGAGGUGCGGACGCGCCGGCGCCGCCGCGAUGACCCGCCCCCACCACCUGCUGGGCCCCAGGGCCUCGACCUCUCCAACGGGCGCCUUGAGGGGCUGCGCCUCUCGCUUGCUCGCCUCUGGGACCCUGGCCGAGCACCCCCUCCCCCCGACGACGACGAUGACGAGGAGGCCGAGGCUGAGGAGGGGCCGCAGCCGGACGGCGCCGUGCCCAUGGAGAUGGCAUAAAUGCACCGUGCCAGGGGCAUUUGGGAGCCGCCAUGGCACCAGGCUCCUCUCAGGCCUGGCCACACAGUGGGGCGGGGGCCUGGCUGCCGCAGCCCCCAACCAGGGCUUGGAGCUGGCAAGGUGAGACCUGGCGCGCUGGACCGGACCGCACAGCUGCACGAAGCAAUAAAGCCCCCAGGCACCUGGGGAGUGGGCGGCCUGCCCCUGCCCCGCUGGACGUGGGCGACCACAGGGGCAGGGUGCCAGGACUCCUGGGUUCCUGGGCAGGCGGCGGGAAGCCAUUCCCCACCAACGGCCUGGCUUGACGACGCGAGUUUCUGUUCCUGUUUUUCCCGUCGCUGUUUGUUCUGAAUUAUGCAAAGGGGGAAACUCCCCCUGGCGGAUUUGCACAAUGAAAGGCUGGCGGGGGCCGCACCCCGCCCGGGCCCCCCCGCGGCCCCGGGUGUUACGUGAGCUGCCGGGAGCCGGGGCGUGGCAGGGCGGGGGCAAUGCCAGCCCCGGGCGGCCCCUGGGCGCAGGGAUCCGGCUGUCCAUCUAUGUCCCCUCCCUGUUGCGCUGGGGGGGCACAGCCCCGCCCCCUGGCAGGGUGCCGCAGCCCUGGGGCGGCACAGGCUGUGCCGAACCUGUCUGCACCGGGCCACCCUUCCCUGCCGCUGGCAGGACUGGUUAACCCUGCGCGCGCCAGCCCCACACCCUGCCCGCCCCCCCGCCAGCCUUGGCGUGGCCCCUGGUGGCUUUCCCUGCACGCACACGGGCCCCUGGGGCUGGACCCCUGGGUGGGGCAGGCCCAACUCCUUCCCCCCAAUGGAGCAGCUCUGGGCUGGGGGCGCGGUGGGGGGUGCACUUAUCUCCAGUGGGGGACCCUCUUGCCCCUCAAACUGUGUGCAUGUCUGUCCUGCACAGGUGGGUUGGGGGGCAAAAUGGCCCCAGUGCCCUGUGCACUUCCCUCCUGCCUGUCUGUCCAUGUCUGUCUCACCCCGUCAUUGUAAAUAGCUUGUGGUGCUGCCCGGGGUUGUGGGGUCGUGCCCCCAUCUGCCCCCUGCCCUGGGGGCUCAUGGCCUCAUGGGACCUGCAGCUGCCAAGCACCCCGUGCCUUAAGCAAGAUGCCCCUUGCUGCCCUACCCACCCCCCCCAAGAGCAAGCAGCCCCCGGCGAGCAUGCUCGCCCUGCACUCCCGGCUGCUUUCUCCGGUUGCACUAUUUGGGGAGUCUGCCUGGGGGGCAUCCCCAGCUCCCGCUGGCCCCUUUGCACACGCGUCCGUUGGGGCAGGGGCAGCGGGAUGGACGGAUGUGGCCUGUUUAGCCUCAACUAAGAGUUUAUCUAUAUUUAAAGAGAUGAUGUAAUAUAUUCCCCCCCCCCCACUCCUAGUUCCCUCUCUCUGGUCAUCCCUGCCCUGGCUGCCGGCGCUUGCCCCGGGGGUGACCAGCGUGGGGCCCUUCCCAGCUUCAAAGUGCCUUAUGGUGAACUUGAACUCUCCGCUACUUGAACUCCUCUGUUGUACAGAUACCAAACCGGGGGCACUGGGUGGGGGGCACUGGCCCCUCCAGGCCUCCUGCUGCCUCCUCGCUUCUGGGUUGCUUUACCUGUUUGUUUGUUUGUUUUUUUUUAAUGAAGGCUGCUUGACAAUAAACGGAGAAGCAGGGACCCCGUG